AUGUGUAUUGGUAUAUUUAUUUUAUUAUUAAUAUUGAAACCAAUUGUAUGUGUUAUUGUGUACGAUACUAGUGAUGAUAAUGCACAUGGUGUACGUAUUGCUGGGAAUGAUCAGUUCAUUGUUUAUGGAAUGAAUCUUGCUAUGGGUUUUGACAUAAAUUUUGCACCAUUUGUACCUUUAACAGAUUGUGUUUAUGUGAAUCAAAGUCGUGAUUUUUAUGUAUACAGUUUAGAUGUCGUAUUUAAUAAUGAUAAUAAUACAUCUGAUCAAUUAUUUACAUUUGUACAAAUAUCUGAGCAAAUGUCAACACAAAACGUUUAUUUUAGUAUUAUUACUGUCAAUAAAUCACUUUGCAUAAAUGGUACUAUGAGUACUGUAAGUAUUCGUGAUACACUCAUUUGGAAUGGUACACAUCAAGAAUAUAUGUUACUUAAAGUUGUUCCUUCUCAAAAAUAUGCUUGUGUAUUUGCCGAUUCAUUUGCUCUCAUGUUCGAUAUUGUUAAUAAUGAAAUUAUUGAAUUAACAGAUUUAUAUACAUUCUUUUCAUAUCCUUAUCCAAUUAUACCACAUGCAAUUGAUGUUACAGAUACAUAUGUUAUUGGAGUUGCAUAUGCAAUCUCAUACAUUAAUCCAAACAUCGCUAUAAUUAUCACAUAUAUUUGUGAACUUCAACCAUUUAGAUCUAUUAAUUAUAUCACUAUGGACAGUGACGAAUUCUCACAGACUGCUGCGUUAGCUACAACCUAUAAUAUUGCCAAUCAAAUGUCAAUAGCUGCAAAUAAUGAACGACAAAUGGCCAUAUUUGGUUUUCCAUUGGUCAAUGUAGUCUUAUUGCUCAAUAUAAAUACGACUAGUACAAAUACAUCUCAAUGGAAUAUAAAUAUAAUGCGUACUGAUUAUGGACCUCCAAAUAGUGGUUUUGGUCAAUCAGUUGCUUGGAUUGAUGAUAAAACAGUUGCAAUACUUCUUUAUUCAAUCAAUUCUCGUUCUUGGUCUCAAUCAGAAGUAUGGACAUUUGCUGUUGAUAUACCAUUACAAAAUCCUCUCUCUGUUUUUCCUAAUAAUCAACAAAUUAUAGAUUUUGAGUUUUCAGUUACCUUUUUCCAAAUGGUUUUAUGGUCUAAUAACUUAUAUUUACUAGUUAUUUAUAAUUUUGUUAUACUAGUACCAUCACAAGCACCUGGUUACCAAUCUAUAUGGUACGAUUAUGGAGAUUUUUAUGCUUAUAUAUUUCAGUCAGCACCAUGUCCAUCUGGUACAUAUAAAAAUGAAACUGGAUAUGGAAUUUGUACAAUAUGUCCAUCUCAAACGAAGAAUCCAGGUAAUGAACCAUCCAUAGAAUGUAGUUCAUGUUUAUCCAAUUCAUUUUGUCCACUUGGUUCUAUUGAUGAUGUUACACUUAUUAAUUAUACAUCAUAUAUACAAACAUUCGCUUAUCCAAAUUCACCAGAUACAAAUAGUUAUGAUGAUAUUAUUGUACAAAAUGUUUUUACUAUUGGUCAGUCAGUUCGAUGUCUUAUUAUUGCACCUUUAUUUUGGACAUCACUUGCUAUAGCAUUAUGUUUUAUUAUUUGGUUUAUUAUGACUAUGGGAAAAGUAUUUAAUUGUCAGACAAUAGUUCGUCAUCGAGAUAAUGCAAAAAAAAUUUUGAAAAAUACUGAUAUUGUAGGAGAAGGUGAACGAUGGAUUGGUGGAUUAUCUUCAUUUGCUAUUGCUGUACUUUUUGGAUUUACUUUUUGGUUUGCUGCAGAUUAUCAUCAACUUUAUCCAAUUGAAACAUCAGGUCCCAUGCAUGCUUCAUGUGAUACUACUAUGCGUAAUGCUAAUUUUGAUAAUGCUCUUCAAUUACCUUUAUCGAAUCCUGAUGGAAGUCGAUGGCCUAUUUUUGAUAUGCUUGAUGCACAACCAUUUACAAUGAGUUUAGAUUUAAUAAAUACAGGUGCAGAUUGUGAAAAUAUUACUAUUCAACAGAAUAAACCUGGUGUAAAGUAUUUAACUCUAUCAAAUUUAUCAUGUCUCAUUCAACCAGAUGAUGUAACACUUACUGCUACAUUUCCUCUACCAGUACAUCAAUUAGAAGUACAAUUAAAUGUAUCAGGAAUUUAUUUUAUUGGUGGAAUUCGUUUAUGUCUUCGUGGUCCUGGUAUUAUCAAUGGUUCCAGUACACUUCAAACACUUGAUACAUGCACAUUAUUAUUUACUACAAAUGAAACAUUAGCUCGUACAUCAACUGUAUCCAUUUCACUUAUCAAAGUAAUUAAUCAAACAAGUCCUCUUCAAAUAGGUGGUACAACUAUCUACAGUGGUCGUUGGGCACCAACAAUUGGUGAAAUUUCAAUUUCAGAUAGUUUAGUCUAUGAACAAGAUGGUGAAUAUCUUCGAUAUAUUAGUGAACGUACAACAUUUACAGUAACUAUAAGUGAACAACCAUUUUUUCUUCAAAAUGAUCAACAACCUAUUAUUCGAACAUCUGAACUUGCUUUUCAUACUCUUUUAUUUUGUACACUUAUUAUUGAAUUGUUUGCUAUGGCAUUUCUAUUAUUUAAACUUAUUGGUAAACCACUCAUUCAUUUAUUUCUUCGUUGUCGAAACAAAAAAACAAAAGAUAAACAUAAACAAAAAAACAUACAUGACACAAAGAAACGUCAAUCAUCAUUAGUAUUAUCUACGAUCGAACUUCGUCAUUUAUUUCGUCAUUAUAAUCAAAAUCAAAAGAAACAACGACGUCAACAAAAACAAAAACAAAAAGAAGAGAAAGAUAUUGUUUAUUCAAUUCCUUAUAUAUCAUCUGAUCUUCCACAUAGAAAUGAUGAGAUAUAUUGGGAUCGAACAAAAAUCUAA